GUGUGGUCGCACGUGGGUCGCACGAGCUCACGGUGUGUCCGUCGCGGUCUCCGUCGGCGGUUGUAACUCGCGAAAUAAAAUCGAUCUGUAUACCCGGCGCGCGAAUUCACCGAGAAAACCGGAAGGGAAGAUGUGAUAAACGCCGAGGCGUUACAUAUACGCGUCUUCUGAAUGUUUUGUUCCCCCCCCGCCCGCUUACGACGCAGGCGUUGAUUAUAAUUUAGCGUUGAAGAAGGUGAAAGUGUCCGCGUGAGUAAAAAUCCACCGCCGAAAUCAUGGCAAACCCGUCUCUCGACAAGGACAUGUUUUUCCGGCGCAUAAAGCGCCUGUACGCCGCGUGGAAGGACGGCGAGGUCGGCACCGACGACAGUUUCAGUAAAAUGGAUUGUCUCCUUUCCGCCGUCGGCACUGACUUUGACGAGGACGAGGAUAGGGUUUACAGCAAGUCCACAGCGUUACAG